AUAUAUAAUUAAUAUUUUAAAUAUUUAAUAUAGUCCUUUUUAUAAAAAAAUAUAUAUUAAAAUGUCGAGAGAGUCCGGUAGUCCGUGGAUAUGGGCGCCGUGAACCGAAGUUUGAGGAAAGGCAAAGCUAAAGCCACCUCCGACGGUUCGACCUCACGCGGUUCUCGAGGAAGACACUCCGUCUCUUCCUUUCCUACUAUCCCCGAUCAAUUCAUCGGGGACGGCAUGACGGAUGAAGAAUUCGACCAGAUUAAUUCUAGUAGAGGGGACGCGAAUCUCCCCACUCUUGAUAGUCUAUUCGAGGAUGUUGAUGAAGCAGGAUUGGAUAAUCUGGACGGGGACGAGGAGCCUACACCGCACAGCAACAAUGUCGACAUAGAGCCAGGAGCCCGAGACCUCUCGAGGUUCGGACAAAGGAAUAUCAAGGGUUAUACGAAAGGGAAGCGUGCUCAGCCUUAUGGGAGUUCAAGUGGUACAACAGUAAGCUCGCACAACGAACUUGCUAUGUACCAAGGGGUGCCAUGCGAUUACGACGACGACGACGUGGAGUUUGACGUCCUCGGAUGGUGGAAGCGGAACGAACACAUGCUCCCAUGUCUCAGAAUGCUAGCAAGACAAGUAUUGUCCGUCCCGGUAUCAACCGUAGCAGUUGAAUGAGAAUUCAGUGCUGGCGGCAACAUUCUAACCGACUACCGAAGUUGUCUUCACGUUGAAUCUCUUGAAACACUUGUUUGCAACCAAAAUUGGCUCUUGGCAAGACGUUGAGCUAAAGAGUCAUCGUACCAACUCGAUUCGGAGCAUUACAUGAAUGUAACCACAGAUGGAAGUCCGAGUUCUGAAGAAUAAGUUAUAAACUUUUUUAAUGUUA